AUGGCAUCACUAGCCACCCAUUUCUCAGCCUUCGUGCUUCUCUCCCCGGUUGGCCUCCGCCGCCUGCUCUGCUCCUCCUCCCUUUACCUUAAAAACCCUUCACUUUUCCGCGCCAAAACUUGGUACUUCUCCGACCCUAAAUGGAAAAACAUCGAUCUCUACGCCCUCCUCAUCGCCCUCCCCAUCGCCUCCUUCUCCGAAAUCUUCAUCUUCCUCGCCUUCUCCGGCCACCCCACUUACCGCUUCGCCUUCUUCCAGCAGUCCGCCACCAUCUUCUUCUUCUGGCUUCUCCUCCUCCUCAUCAUCCUCCGUGAAAACCUAGACUACCCCAUGCACAUCGACCAGGCCUUUAUCUUCGUCUUGGCCGCAGUCACGUUCUUCGUUGAAUAUUCCGUCAUCGGUAAAGGUAUCUCCGGCUUGGGAGGAACCAUGUACGACAUGUUAGGUGUACUCACUCUUGCAUGCGCCUUUUCUUGCUUGUACUUGUCGUUCCGGCCUAGGUCGUUUUUCGCAGAGUUUUUCUUGUCGUCCGGUUUGGUUUUUAAGGGUACGUGGAUGUUGCAGCUAGGCUUGUCGUUGUACACUGACACGUUUGGGUUGAAAGGGUGUAAGAAGAUGGCUGUGUGGCCUAAGGAGUCUGAGAAUGCUGAGUUUAAGUGUGAUCUUGAGGAGGAUGGGUUGAGGGGUGUGGCUGUGAUGACGUUGUUGUUUAUAGGGCAUGCGAUUGGGAUAAUGAUGUCGAGCUUUGUGAUGUUUGGCUGGCUUGGAAGGAGCUUGAACUGUUGGUGCGGCGAGGCGAGUGGACCGUUGUUGCAAGAGCUGGAAUCGGAGCAGUGA